AUGACCUUCUUGAAUGAAGAUACCAUUUAUGCGCUCCAGCCUCUUCAGCGCAGGUCUACCGCUAUAACCAUGGUUCUGAGUCUCGCCGUGGCCUUUGCAGGCGUCCUUCUGGGAUCGGCUCUCACUCAGUCGAGUGCUAUCGGCCUUGUAGAGCGCGAUGCUCCAGUUUCUGGCAACUACUCUGGACCAUUGCGCCCGCAGGUGCACUUUUCUCCCCCUACAAACUUUAUGAACGAUCCAAAUGGUCUAUUUGUUGAUGCGAACGGGACCUGGCAUCUCUACUACCAGUAUAACCCGACCGAAGUAGUAGCGGGUAACCAGCAUUGGGGCCAUGCUACCAGCGAUGAUCUCUACCACUGGGUGAACCAGCCCAUCGCGAUCUCCCCGCCAGACAACAACACCCAGGUGUUCUCUGGCUCGGCCGUCAUCGAUGUCAAUAACACGUCGGGCUUCUUCCCAAACCAAACGGACGGCGUCGUCGCGAUCUAUACCAUAAACCAGAUCACGCCCGCCCUCCAGACGCAAGCGAUUUCCUACUCGCGCGACGGUGGCUACACUUUCGAGGCUUACGAGGCGAACCCCGUCAUUCCGAGCGCCUCUGCUCAGUUCCGCGACCCGAAGGUCAUCUGGUUCGAGGACCACUGGGUUGCGGUCGUUGCAUACGCGCAGGACUUCUCCAUCGGCAUCUUCACCUCGCCCAACCUGAAGGAUUGGACUCCGACCUCCAACUUCUCCCACGCUGGUCUCCUCGGGCUUCAAUACGAGUGCCCGAACCUCGUCGAGGUACCCGUCGAAGGUUCUGACGAGACGAUGUUCCUCCUCGCGAUCUCCAUCAACCCUGGCGCGCCCUUGGGCGGAUCAAUCACGCAGUACUUCCCGGGCCACUUUAACGGCACGCACUUCGAGGCCGUCGAUGCGGCUGCGCGCAUUGCGGAUUUCGCGAAGGAUAACUAUGCCGGUCAGUUCUUCUACGGUACGCCGGCUGGAGAGGACGCAGUAAGCAUUGCGUGGGCGAGCAAUUGGCAGUACACGCAGGUGCUGCCCACGGAUACGGAGGGCUGGCGCAGCGUCAUGUCGCUUCCCCGCCGCAACCGCCUGGCGAACCUCACCCGUAUCGGCUACGACCUUGUCUCGCUCCCGUACGACCUAUCGCCUGUGAUUGGAGAGCAGCUUGCGCCGAAUGACACGCUCUUCAACUCGGUAGUCACCGUCGACUACAGCAACGUCUCGUCCAACGCCCUCUACUGGGAGCUUAACGUGACGGGUCUGACCUCGAUCUCCGCCAGCACGUCUUUCAACUUCACGCUGUCCGCGUCGGCCACGGACGAGAGCGUAUCCGGCGGGUUCUUCUUCGGCGAUGCUGCCUUCUGGCUCGACCGUAGCCAUACGAACGGAUACCAGAGCCCGUACUUCACGGACAAGUUCUCUGUGAUGCAGCUCCUUGACGCGGACGGGACGUGGACCACGAGCGGCGUCGUCGACCGCAGUAUCAUUGAGGUGUUUGUGGACCGCGGGAGGUACUCGGGUACGGCGGUGUUCUUCCCGACGAGCCCGCUCAAUGUCUUCACUGCGCGUACGGAUGGCAUGCCGGAUGGGGCGCAGGUUUCUUUCGCGGUGCACGCUUUGGAUAGUGUGUGGCAGUAA